AUGGAUUCAAGAAGAAGAAGAAAAUCGCCAGAGGUGGCGCCAGCAGCAGCUACGGCCACGGUGACGCCAACAACAGCGACGCCAACAACAGCCGCUACGUCCAUGGCGAAACGAGCAAAGGUCAGCCGGUCGCGCACCGCAGCAGAGACCAUGCUGCGUGUUCGCGCUAGCUCGUCUGCCUACUCUUGCGACAGCAAAGCUAGCGGCGGCGUCGUGGACUACGCACGGCUGCCAUUCCCCGUGCUCAAGGCGUUUGUGUUCCCGCACCUCACGGCGCGCGAUAUUGGCACACUGCGGUGUGUGUCGCGCGCAUGGCGUGACGUCGUCGACAUCAUGCACAGCUUCCGGCGCGCGUGGUUCUUUGACGAGCUCAUGCAAGUGUGCGACGAGCCCGCCCUCGAGUACUUUGUGCAGUACCGCAUGCACCACUACAACCCGCGCCUGCUGCGCCCCAUCUUUGUCAAGUACUGCUCCUUUGGCUCGCUCAACUCAGUGCAGUGCCUUGCGCGCCGCGCCGGGUUCACGCCGGACGACGCCCGUUAUGAGGACAACUGCCCGCUGCGGUGGGCGGCGGAGGCCGGGCACAUGCGCGUGGUGCAGUGGCUGUGCGAGGAGUUUGCACUGACAACGCGCGACGUGGUGUGCAACGACUACCACGCCGUGGCGGCAAGCGUGUCCGGUGGGCACCUUGACGUUGCCGAGUAUCUUGUUGAGCGGUUCAACCUCGGCGCACACCACGCGGGGGAGUGGGUGGAGCGUGCGCUGCACGAGAGCUACAGCAACGGCCUGAUGCCAUCCAUUGUGUUUCUUCAAAAGUACUUUGGGGACAGCCUGAACCGCCACCGCCACCAGCGCCACCACCGCGAGCACGGGGACGAGCACAUGCGGCCUGCAGACGGGUCUGUUGCCCGGCGCACUGCAGCUGCUGAUGGCAGUGGUGGGGGUGUUAUUGGUACUGGUGGUAUUGGUCAUGGAGGUGGCGGUGAUGAGGAGAGCGACUACCUCUCGUCCUCGGGCGAGGUGAGCGCAACAACAUCGCCACGGCGACUGAGCAGAAGCAGCAGCCCGGCACGCCCGCGCAACAGUGGCGGCAGUGACGGUGGUGCUGGUGUUGUGUUGGGGAGGGGCGAGCGCACCUGGCAGACAGCGGUGGACUGGCAAGCAAUGGAGGAUGAGGACUCGUCUGACGACGACGACGACGACGAUGAUGAUGACGAUGAUGAUGAUGAUGAUGAUGAUGACGAUGAUAACGAUGACGAUGAAGAUGACUCGUCUGAUGAUGUGUCGUCUGAUGACGAUGCAGGCCCCCAUCAGGGCGGUGUUGCUGCUUCAUCCGAGCAGGAGAGCGACGCCGGUGCGGAGGACCACGCGCCCGAUGACGACUGGUGA